AUGGAACCAUUUAAUGACCAGGAGAAGCGACAUCUCCUUGCCGAGAUAAUCAAGCACAGUCAAUUAGAUGUCCAAUAUUUGGAGAGUCUAGUUCGCCAUAUUGAGCCAAACUGGAUGCAAAUGCAACUCCCGAACGGUCGCAACAUGGCUCAGUGUAUGGAGACAGCUCAGAGCAUGUACAUAGGACAACGUGGGACAAAGCGGAAAGCUAGCGAAGAAGAAUCGAGCACUCAGAACAACAACGACGGUCAACUUCACAACAACCAGGCUCUACCUCUUCUGUCUCAACAUUCCCCAGCGCAGAACUCACCGGCAAACUUCCAACGCCAGCCCGCUAUGGCUACCGGGUCCCAUUUGCAGCAACCUCAGCAACCUGAACAGCCUCCCAAGAAGAAAAAGGGCCGUCCAGCAUAUGCAGGUCGGGAUGUGACCAGUCAGCGACCCUUCAAUCCUCGUCCUAUCGCUCCAAAGCCAUCUGCGCAAAUUCUACAGAACCCUCACUCGGGCUUUCGCACUAUUGCCCCGGCUCCUCAAGCUGUUGUUCCACCACGGCCCCCAGAAUCGUUGCAUAAUGCAUACAAAGGUCCAAGCCGCGCACUUCCUGUGGAGUUUCAAAACACUCACAGGAAUUUGAAUACUUUCCGGCCUUCUAUCAAACCGUCAUCUGGGAUGCUUCAGCCAAAGCAGACAGCAGGAAUUUCAGACAACACAUCGGUUGGUAGUAGCGUUUCGUCCGUUGGGCGUCAGCUAAUAAUCUGGUAG